GCAGGCAGGGAAGCCAUUGCCUGUUUAAUAGUUGCUGUUGCAGCACUUCCGCUUCUCUCCCAGCGAGAGAGACACGAGUGGCCAGGCCCAGCCGCACCGAGGAGGAGCAGCCAGACACAAAGGGAGAGGUUUGGGGUCCGUAGUGGGGGUAGCUAUGUCGGAUGACGAUUCGAGGGCUAGCACCAGUUCUUCCUCAUCUUCAUCCUCCAACCAACAGACCGAGAAAGAGACAAACACACCUAAGAAGAAGGAAAGUAAAGUCAGCAUGAGUAAAAACUCCAAGCUCCUCUCCACCAGUGCCAAGAGGAUUCAGAAGGAGUUGGCUGACAUCACCUUAGAUCCACCUCCCAACUGCAGUGCUGGCCCCAAAGGUGAUAAUAUCUAUGAAUGGAGAUCAACUAUUUUAGGACCUCCAGGUUCAGUAUAUGAAGGUGGAGUUUUCUUCCUUGACAUCACAUUUACACCAGAAUAUCCCUUCAAGCCUCCAAAGGUUACCUUUCGAACAAGAAUCUAUCACUGUAACAUUAACAGCCAAGGAGUGAUCUGCCUGGACAUCUUAAAAGACAACUGGAGUCCAGCAUUAACCAUUUCUAAAGUUCUCCUCUCCAUCUGCUCACUUCUCACAGACUGCAACCCUGCUGACCCGCUGGUUGGAAGUAUUGCUACUCAGUACAUGACUAACAGAGCAGAGCAUGACAGAAUGGCCAGACAGUGGACCAAGAGAUACGCUACAUAAACUGGAUUUUUGUCAAAACCUUGCAUUGAAUUAUCUGUGAUGGAAAGAGCUGCUUAUGAUUUUGAGGGGGUGGGACAGGGAAGGGGAGAAAGUGAUAAAGAGUAGGGUAUUUCUAUAACAGAUUUUAUUCAGUCUUUUAUUUCCUAAGAUUUUGUUGUUGUAACUUAAGGUAUCUUGCUACAGUAGACAGCUAGAAUGGGGAAUAGCAUAUUUUAAGACUGUCAUUAGUUCAGCAAUAGUAGCUCUGAUAAUAGCACCAAGAAGAAUGUAAACUACUCUGACAAUUGGAGGGGGGUGGGAAAGGGUGUUUGGUUAUGUGUGAUAGCUAAAAGAUUAAAACAGCUUAAUUUUGUACAGGUACAUAUAUUUGGCAUUUAUGUAAAAUUCUUUCAAGAAGACUCGCUAUGUGUGUCAGGGGGUUUUUAAGUUUGAUUUUUAUUUUGUAAAAAGAUGUUGGGAAUAUUUUUCCCCCAUGGGAGGUGGGAGAGUUUGGUAUUUAACAGAUCCUUUUAAAAGACUGCCAUCUCAUCAAUAUGAAAUAUUGAGGUGUGGGCUAUAUGCUGCCUCACCUAGAAUAGGUGAAAUAGUUUAUGUAUUCAUUUUUCUAUGCCAAGUUACCUUUGUGAAAACGAAGGAUUGAAUUGGGUCUUAGGGCAACCUGUAGUGAAAUACCUUAAGCUGUUUAACUGUAAGGCGUGGAAUAGGAGUCACUCAGUGGAUUGGUUGUAUGUUGUGGGCUGACUAAGCCUGCAUUUGUUACUGUGCUAAUAAAAAUAUGUACAAAAAAAUCCGC